GCUUCGUUCACCAGCCACAACUUCAUCUGUCUUCUGUCGUCUGUUGUACUUCUCUCUGAAACCAUGGCCAAGGACAUGACUCUGCUGUGGGGCUCCAGCUCUCCUCCCUGUUGGAGGGUCCAGAUCAUGCUGGAGGAGAAGCAGCUGCAGGGCUACAACCAAAAACUGCUCUCCUUUGAGAAAAUGGAGCACAAGUCCCAGGAAGUCCUGGACAUAAACCCCAGAGGUCAGCUUCCUGCCUUCAAAUGUGGGAAACAUAUCCUGAAUGAGUCCUACGCUGCCUGCUUUUUCCUGGAGAAUCAGUACAAGUCUCAGGGAAACAAACUGAUUCCCGACUCCCCCGAUGCACAAGCACUGAUGUACCAGCGCCUGUUUGAGGCUUUCACACUCGGCCAGAAAAUGGUGGAUGUUGUCUACUAUAACUACAAGGUCCCAGAGGAGGAGAGACACGACUCUGCUGUUCAGAGAAAUAAGGAGGCUCUGACAGCUGAGCUCAAGCUGUGGGAGGGAUACCUGAAUAAAACGGACUGUUGUCUGGCUGGAAAAGAAUUCACACUGGCUGAUGCGCUUAUUUUUCCAAUCAUUGCUUUUAUGUUCCACUGUGGGUUAAGCAGUGAGCGUUACCCUGCACUGGCAAAAUACUACACCUCUCUGAAGGACAGACCCAGCAUCAAAGCCACCUGGCCUCCUACCUGGAAGAGCACCUCCGGAUUGGACAUGCUGAAAACUGUCUGAGAUCCAAAUCCUCCUCAGUGGACACACUAACUGUUUCUGUUAUGAUUCAAUAUGUGAACACUCCCUUUCAUUGCACUACUUUUUUAAAAACUACGCUUUGCUUCUGCUAUGAAGAGCAGUUUUCUACUAUCAUUUGUUUGUGAUUUUAAAUGCAAAAGAUUCUUAUUGUGCUUCGACCAAAAGCAAUAAUAAAAAUUUUAAAAAAAAGAGAUUUUCAUUUGACUGUUU